AUGGCUUCAAAUGAAGAACUGAACAACAGUGACCUAAACCUGCUAGAAUCAGGUCAAGAACAUUCCAGUGGAUCCGCGGACGACAGUGGAUGCAAGCAGAAGGGUCCCAGCUGGAAAUCACGGGUGCGGCUGCAUUCUGCACAGCUCAUGAAUGACGCCGACUCUGAUUCACCAGAUCCAUCUAGAUACAAUUAUAAACGUCGGAGGACGAUGGCUUUCCUGCACAGCAUUCCGACAAAGAAAGAAAAAAGAAACAAUGCAGGGAAAAUUAAUCAACAAAUAAAAAACUUCAGUGGAAAGAGCGUUCCGGAAUACAAGAUGCAACAGUUCACCAAACCGAACUCAGUACUCUUACAUUAUGGGCUGUUCCGUAUUGUGUGGGAUUGGAUAUUGCUGCUGUUCACUUUCUACAUCGCUUUCAUGGUUCCGUACAACGUCACAUUUGGUCGACUCGACGGACGGAUUGAUGUUCGGAAACAAGUUGUCGAUUUAAUAGUCGAAGUAAUGAUGGUCAUUGAUGUAAUUUUAAACUUCAACACGACCUAUGUGAAUAAGAACGGGCAGCUUGUUUACAAUCGUCGGCAACUGGCAAAACACUACCUUCGCGGAUGGUUUCUAUUGGACGGACUGGCAGCUCUACCAGUUGACUUUCUUCUAUUUACUCUGGACUGGGUCUUGUCUGCAAAACGGACAGCUAGCGCCCUAAAUACCACAAGUGGAGCAGCUCUCCUUGGCCAAAAUGUUACUCACAUUAGAAUGUUUGCGCAAGAAGAUGAGGAUGGACUAUCCAAAGCCUGGAAAAGGUCGAUCUCGUUGUUACAAAUGAUGAAAUUGGCACGGCUUCUCCGAUUGGCCAGGCUGUGUGAGAACUUCUCUCGCCUCUCACAGCACAGUUUAGUGGUGCUUGGACUACUCAUGUUCAUCUUCACUCUGGUCGCUCAUUGGUUCGCUUGCAUUUGGCAUGUGGUUGGUGUGAAAGAAGGCAGUUCUGAGGCCGGAUGGAUCGGUGAACUAGCCCGACGGUUAAACACGACGGAUCCGUUGGACGAUAAAACAAAAUAUUUCACAGCACUCUAUUUCACUUGCAGCAGCCUUACAUCUGUUGGAUUCGGUAACGUUUCCGCCAAUACGGUUGGUGAGAAAAUCUUUGCAAUAUGCAUCAUGUUACUUGGAGCUUUGAUGCAUGCAGCGGUGUUUGGAAAUGUGACCGCAAUCAUCCAAAGGAUUUACGCCCGGCGAACCGCUUUCCAGUCCAGAACGCAAGAUCUGAAAGACUUCGUCCGGGUGCAUCGUAUCCCAAAGCCUUUGAAACACAGAAUGGAAGAUUUUUUCCAAACUAUGUGGGCCAUAAAUCGAGGUAUCGAUACCAAUGAAGUUCUGAGUAUGUACCCAGAGGAAUUACAAAGGGACAUUUGCUUGCAGCUCAACCGAGAAAUCCUCAGCUUGAAGGUUUUCAAAAACGCUAGCCAAGACUGCUUGAAGAGUUUGGCGAUGCAAAUCAAAACAACCUUUUUCACUCCGGGCGAACACCUCAUCCAUUCGGGUGACGUUUUGAGGCGUUUGUAUUUCGUGUGCAGUGGAUCGUUGGAGAUAUUGGAUAACGGUGAGGUAGUUGCACUUCUGGGCAAGAAUGACUGGUUUGGUACCUACAUCAAUACCACAACACAUCCAGGGGAAACGAUACGUUCUCGCUGUGACGUGAAAUCGCUAACCUACUGCGACCUUCAGUGCAUCGAUUUGACCUCACUCAACCAAGUCCUGGAUCAAUAUCCGAAAUUCAAGUCGGAAUUUAUUGCCUACCUUUGUGAAGACCUGUCUUUUAAUAUUCAGGAGGGAGCAGAAAGUCACGUUAUUCACGAUUCCAUUGUCAUGCCAGCUAUCACCGUGCGGAAUUCGGAUCUGGAGGAGCAGCAUCCGUCAGCGUUUAUGUUGGGUGAGAACAAGGACCGAGGUCUUCAUCGGUCUUGUAGGAGUCUUGGUGAACUCGAAUCGGGUAAAGCACACACACGUUUCGACACUUCUCACACUCAAGCGGACGAAGAACUAUCGGACAGCAGUUUUAGCAGCAUGAGAUAUUAUCCGAGGCGUCCACUAGACGCCUCACAACGGACAACAGACAAGCGAAGACUUCAAGGAACCUCGCUUGGUGCGAUUUUUAGUGCACCAGAUGUAAGUGUCAGAAGACGAUUUAGGAAAUACCCGCGUAAUUCUGUACGCUUGGAAACUACCCGGAACAAACACUUGUCUGUGAGGCCUCACCAUGGCAAAGGUCGACGACAUACUUUACCCGUGCUCAAAGUGACAAUGGCAGAUGAGGAUUCCGAUUUGCAUAGGCCCAAUACAGAUCGUUCCAAAUCAAUGCUUUCCCCAAUCGCUCCUUCCUCAGACAUUCAGCUGUGCAGUGACUCAUCUGUGACAACAAGCGACCAGAGUUGGGGGUCACACAGCGAGUCAUACCUACUUCUAAAAAACAAACGUGACGUGCGUAAGUUGAGUAGAUGCUUUGUUGGUCAAAAGCGAAUCAACCACGAAAUACCUCCCGACAAAGACAGAGAGAAGUCCCAACAUUCGUUUGCAGCAGAGACACAAUACCGUUAUUCCCUCACGGAAGAACAGAGUGGAUUGCACCAUCUGGCAGCAGACAACGAAACAAACAUCGAAGAAGUUCAUCAGGAUAGCAGCAAAAGUCAACAAACGACAGACAACACAAAUGAGUAUGGCCAUUUCAAGACAGAACUGCAGCGAAUCCAUCACCGUUUGGAUCGUUUGGAAAAACAUAUAUCAGAUUUCCUAUUCAAUUUUUGUCCGAGAUUUGGGUCGACCUAGUCAGCCCUGGAGCUUCGUAUUUUGUAACUCGUUUUUUUUAAG